UUACUGAUAAAAUGGAAAAACCAUAGUCAAGCUAACCAGGCUCAUUCUGCAUAACAUGGUAUUUAAAGACUGCACAAGAAAUACACUGUGAGAGAAAUGAAAGGUUUAAAAAUUACCCUAAAGCUAGAAAGAGCUAUAAUUCCAAAAUAAAACUUCAGAGAAGUUCUGUCUAAGCACCGCCAGGGAAAAGAAGACACGUUUGUGUAUGACUAAGAGGCCUGAAAACCACUUUUCCUUUAAAAAGAAUCCGCAGAGUAAACUGGAUGCCCGCAAAUAAGAAAAUGGCAGGCUGGUUGCUCAAGCAGCCAGGAACUGAGUUUGGGGGUGGAAGUGGUUUACAAAUGGAGAACCUUCAGGCCAGAUGAAUAGUGGGCUUUGUAGCAAAGAGUCAGAAAGCUAACAGAGAAAAUGACAUGAGCUAGCUAUGUUUCUCCUCCUCCUCUUGCCCACUGGAGUUUAUGAAGGCACAAGGCCAAGGAAUACACCCUCACAUAUCAUUACGUGUGCACAAAUACAUUCAGUACACACGCACCGAGUACAAUACACCUACACACUUGUGCCCAGGAUUGGUUCCAGCUAUAAAGCACUGGAUGAGGCAUCAAAUAUGAAUCAGACACGCCUGUAUUUGCACACAAAGGUUCACACACAAAACUAUACAUCGCUUGUCUUUAAAAAACUGACGUUAUGUGGGUUCUAACUGAGAGCUCUGUGUUCAUUGCCAUAAACAGUUAUUCCAGAUCUCUCGCUGGCUCACACAGCACACAUACUGUUGCUUCUGUUUUCCACUAACUCCCCUUUCAACAUUACUCUGACUGAGACUAGCCCAGUUUCAAUACUGCCUGUUUAUUUUGCACAUCUAACAGUAAAGUCCAUGUGGCCGAAGUGAAGGAGAGAGCUGCUGCCAGGAAGAUCUACGAUGAUGCCAAGAAACACGGGAAAACAACAGGACUUGUUGCCACCAAGUCAGUCCAAAAGUGUAUUUGAUACCUCCUCUCCUGGGAUUACGCCAUGUUUCUUUUGGCAUUGACUGAGGAGCGGGAGAUUGAGAAGUUUCGGGUGGCUGUCAGUGUGCCUCCUGGAGUCCUCAUGCACUUUUCCCUGAUGUAUGAAGAGCUACUGACACGACGGCUGGGAUGCUAUGAGCUGGCUUUGGGUCUCAGGCCUGGGCAGCCUGUGCAGAAUCUCUCUGUGGAUGUUAGUAUAGCAGAACAGACUGGAAUCAGCUUCAUGAAAGUGUUACCGCUCAGGACCAGUCGCCUGCUCACCAACACUGACCAAGCUGAGGCCGAAGUGCCCCCCUCCACUCAGGUGCAGCAGAACCUACACUGUGCUCACAUUCAUUACAACCCCAGCCUGCAACAGCAGAGGACCGUCUCCCCCAAAGGCAUCAAUGCAGACUUUGUCCUCCAGUAUGAUGUAGAGCAAAGAGAUCUCAUGGGAGACAUCCAGGUGCACAAUGGUUACUUUGUUCAUUACUUUUCCCCCCGGGGCUUGCCAGUAGUUUCUAAAGAAAUCAUCUUUGUCAUUGACAUAAGUGGUUCCAUGAUCGGCACAAAGAUCAAACAGACUAAGGCAGCAAUAUCUACGAUCCUGGGUGAACUACGUGAAGGCGACUACUUCAAUCUUAUCACGUUUUCAGACAAAGUGCAGAUCUGGAAGAAAGGUUGCACCGUGCCAUCCACAAAGCAGAACAUACAGGAUGCAAGGGAUUUUGUCAAGAAAAUUGUUGCAGAUGGCUGGACAAACAUCAAUGCAGCUCUUCUCUCAGCAGCACAGCUGAUCAACUCCUCCUCUAAGUCUUCGGACAGCCAGUUGUCUUCACCACGAAGAGUUCCCAUGAUCAUCUUUCUGACCGAUGGAGAGGCGACAAUUGGAGUGACUGCACAAGAGGUCAUUCUGCAUAAUGCUCAGAGUGCGCUGGGUUCAGUUUCUCUGUUUGCCCUGGCAUUCGGAGACGAUGCAGAUUUUCCGUUACUGAAACGGCUGGCUUUGGAGAACCGUGGGAUAGCACGGAUGGUUUAUGAGGAUGCUGAUGCUGCCCUCCAGUUAAAGGGUUUCUAUGAUGAGGUAGCAAGUCCACUGCUGUCAGAUAUCCAGCUUUCUUACCUUGAUGACCAAGCUUAUGAUGUCACACAGGCCCUUUUCCCUAACUACUUCCAAGGCUCUGAGCUGGUAGUUACAGGGAAGAUUAAGCCAGACAUACAAGAUCUGAAAGUUUCUCUGACAGCUAGUGGCUCAAAACAGAAGCUAAAGGUAAAGAGCGAGUUUUUACUAGCCAAGGUUGAAGUAAAUGAGACUUCAGCAUCACCGGGUUGUACCAGGGAACUGCAAGGCAUCUCCAACUUUGUGCAUCGCCUCUGGGCCUAUUACACUAUCAAGGAGCUUUUGAUGGCUAAACUCAACAGUUCAGAUCCAUUAGCACAACGGUUGCUAGCAGAGAAGGCCACCAACCUUUCACUGAAAUAUAAUUUCGUCACUCCGGUCACCUCUUUGGUGGUGGUUAAACCUGAUAUUGAUGAGCCACAUUCAACCACUGUCUCUACAACCAUGACUACACCCAAGCUUGUCACUACCACUACAGCAAGCAUGACGACCACACGGACACAAACAUCAAGUACCUCUAAAAUCAAUUCUACUGACGAGGGUUUGAACAAAAAGUCUGGCAAACCUUUAAAGCCCAACAGACCUUCUCUCACCAAACCUCUUCGACCAGACGUGCCUCUUCCUGGACAUCCAGACAAACAUGUGGCAGCAUCAUCAAACAAGAAGAGCACAAAUUUACCACACAACAUAUCCAAGACCACCUCUGCACCUCUUUUGAGCAAAGCUCCAAUAGUUCCCACCAGCACCAUGAGAACUAAUGCUCACACUGUCCUCCCACUCAAUUCCACUAGUGCAGCUUCUCAACCACUCAAGAGCUCAGCAGCACCCAGCAUUGCUGAAACCAUAACAUCACCCAGCUCAGAAAAGCAUCAAGUCCUGCCUCUAGAUAAACCCACAUUCUUAUCUGACACAGACACUUUUGGCACACCUAAUGUUCCUGCAGUGCAGCCAGAUGUUCAAGAGGUCCCUUCAUCAAAUGCUUCACCUGAAGAUCCUGAUCAGGAAAUUAGGAUCUCCACUCUUGGAGCUGCCUCCUUUGCCCCUAUGCCAGGCAUGACAGAUGCACCCAAUGAGUGGGAAGCUACUGGUAUAUUAGAUGUUUCUACUGCCAUCUUGACAAAAGAUGCUGAUGAUGUCAAAGAGUAUGACGUCUCAUAUGAGUAUGACACAGACUACAUCGUCCAUUACGAUUCUUCCUCGCCAGACGACACAGAUAUUAUAAGUCCUGAGGGAAUCUUCCCCUCUUCAGUGGAUGGAGACCCCCAUUUUGUUGUCAUGCUCCCAAAGGCACAUGAAACUCUGUGUUUUACUGUUGAUGGUGAGGCCAAUGAUGUGUUGCGUCUUCUGGAGGACCCAAUCAGAGGCAUUACAGUGAAUGGCCAUUUGAUGUUGGCACCUCCUAAGAUUGGAGUCGAGGAACGCACUCGCACCUUCUUCAACAAGAUAAUCAUCAGAAUUUCAAAAGGAGGCAUCAGGAUCACCUUCACAAUAGACUCGGUGGUAGUGAAGGGAGAAGGGCAUGAAAUUCUGUCUACCAGAGAGAAGGGAUCUGUGACACUCCCAGGCUUGAAGAUUGUGCUAGAUGGACACCAGGGCUGUUGGAUUGACCUUGGAAAAGGCGUAGUGUUCCUGAUUUUGAUCCAUCGAUAUAGUCACCCCACUUAUUUCCAGAUGGAGCAUCUAGGAUUCUACAUAACCGAAGGCGAGGGGUUGUCUUCUUUAACACAAGGUCUACUCGGCCAGUUCCAGCACAGCACCAUCGAGGUGAUGAGAAUAACAGACAGACACAGUGCAGUGUUCCACCAUGGACAGCUCAGCAACAACAGCACUCUGGCCUUGGGAUUACUCAAGAAAGGAGACGAACAAAUUCCAGUCACAUUACAGGAUAAGGCUUUGAAGGACACAUUAAAUAAGCGCCACUUGGCCCAGUGCUGGGUGGUGCCCAAGGUGGAAGUGGAGCGGCUCCUGGAGAAGCCUUACCAAAGCUAUGUGGUCAAUGAUUUUUAAAUACCCUGUGGCUACAUUUCAAGCUCAUGUCUACUGAUUCAAAGCAGGGCCAUAUAAGAAUACUGGACACUGCAGUGCAACAGUGGCAUAUUUACUCUCAUUUAACAUUUAAGCAUAGAGAGUGUACAAGCAUGGAAAGGUGAGACUGUGAAAAGUUUGGAUAUCUGUAUAGAAAAUAUGACGAGUUGCUUAAAGGCUGAAGAAUUCAGGAGUCAAAUCAGAAUGCACUCAAGAUGAGAAGCUACAGUUCACCAAUCAAUACUCAUAUCAAAGUCACUAAGAACUGUAUUACCGAUAUUGAUUUUGUUUCAGGAAAUGAUAAAAAUAUAUAGAUUACGUUUCAAGGCAAGGAUUUUUAUGUAAUGAUGAUAGUUUUUUGUAGAAAUGUAUACUGUA